GCGUAGCGAAAAGGCACAGUGCGCGGGUACUCACAUGCGGAGAUUGUUCAAUAUUAUACAUUUUAAUUGGAAAUGGUUCAAACGGCCCUGACUGUCUACGUUUCGAUACUUCCAAUUUAGCAACAGGGCUACUUGCUGGCAACCCCCGACACUGGCUAAAUUGAGAAUCCGGUGUAGUACAUCUCUGUUGCAGUGCAUUGUUCGGCAAGACCACACCACUGAGGAAACGAUAAGAGAUAGUUACGCAAUAUUUAUUGACAAUAAUAUCAAUAGUGGAAAGUAAUCUUUGGGACGUUCCUAAGCGACGUGGAGGGACGUUCCAGGAAAGUUUCGUGCUAUUAAGUAUGGAGAACCAGACAACAGAAUCAAAGUCCUCGACGAUCUGAGCGUUUCAGACAGUCGUCUUUCAGCUUCGAAGGCUGUGAAGAUGAAGCUGCUUAUUGUGUCAACGUUGGCCUUUUGGCUCAUAUUAGCGUGUUCAAACCAUGAAGUUCUUGCUGUCGAUCCUCAUGAACACAACAAAGUAGUUUGUUACUGGAAUUCCACGUCCUUCGAACGACAAGGACCUGGCAAGUUCCAAGUUGAAGACCUUCGCCCAGCUUUGUCUAUGUGCACACAUCUUAUUUAUGGAUGGGCUGGAAUUGAUGCCAAUUCUUUUGAGGUUGUUCCUUUGAACCCGAGUUUAGAUACCGGUGCUGGAUAUGCAUUCUACCGAUUAGUAACUCAGCUAAAGAGAAAUUUCCCCGAUCUUAAAAUUUAUCUUGGAAUCGGUGGAAACGCCGACCCCUAUGAGGAGACACACAAAUAUCUAACAGCUACUGAGACUUCGGAAGCAAGGACAAAGUUCAUCAAUUCGGUUGGUCGUCUCUUGUCCGAUUAUGAAUUUGACGGAAUUGAUUUGGCAUGGCAAUUUCCACCUGUGAAGGUAAAGAAGAAUCGUGGAACCUUCAGCUCAAUUUGGCACGGAAUCAAAAAGACUUUCGGCUAUGGAAAAUUCAAGGACGAAAAAGAACAAGAGCAUCGUGAUGGAUUUACGAUACUGGCUCGUGAUUUGAAGACUCAACUCAGGAACAGAAAUAAAGCACUCACCCUCACCGUUUUGCCCCACAUUAAUUCCAGCAUCUAUUACGAUGCGAGACUUUUAUCACCAAAUUUGGAUGCGGUUCACUUAUUGACUUUUGACCAGAAAACUCCUGAACGCAAUCCGAAAGAAGCUGAUUAUCCAGCUCCACUUUAUGAAAGUUAUGGACGAGUUCCUGAUGACAAUAUUGAUUACCAAACAAGAUAUUGGUUAGAGAACGGAACACCCGGUAGCAAAAUCGUGAUUGCAAUUCCCACUUUUGGUCGCACUUGGAAAUUGACAGCUGACAGCGAAGUUGCCGGAGUUCCUCCUCUUCACGCUGAUGGUCCAGGAUUAGAGGGACCUCACUCUCACAUUCCUGGAGUUCUUUCUUAUGCUGAAAUUUGCUCUAGAAUAAUAGAAAGCGCUGUAGAUCGUCUGAGGCGUGUUGGCGACCCUUCGAAAAAAUACGGAACCUACGCUUACAAGAAAUACAACGACCAAUCUGGCGAAGAAGGAAUUUGGGUUGGUUAUGAAGAUCCAGAUACAGCUGGAAACAAAGCUCUCUAUGCUAAAGCCAAAGGACUUGGUGGAGUUGCGAUUUACGAACUCUCGUUGGAUGAUUUCCGAGGAAUUUGCAAUGGAGAUAAGUUCCCAAUCCUCAGAGCUGCCAAAUUCAAGUUGUAAAUUUAGUCUCUUAAGGUUCUCAUCGAUCGUACUGUAUUUAUCAUAAUUUUCAAACUUCGAAAGGUAAAAUUUUACUCGAUUCAUUAGUGUUAUCUCUUAUACUGAGAUAAAAUUUAAAGCUUUGCAGAGUUAAUAAAACCUCUUUCGUAAUAAAAGUUAAAGACACA